AUGUCAUCAAAAGAACUUGCGGAAAUUCGCAAAAUUCUUACUGAUCUUCAAACAAAAAUUAACAACAUUGAAAAUAAAAUACCAGCAAUUAAUACGAUUUCCGAAAGCCUUGAAAAAAUUCAAAAUCAAUUCAAUAAAAUUAAUAAUGAGCAAAGUGCCGAUGAAAAAGAGAGAAAAAGAAGCUUGGUAUUUACUCGUAUGCCGGAAAGUGAAAAGACAAAACCAUCUGCUCGACAAGCCGAUGAUCACCAAAUGGUAAAGUGCGUACUCGACGAGUUGGGCGUCGAGUGCUCUGCGGUUGUAUAUCGCAUGGGUGUUCAUGACCCAACAAAAAAAGGUUUGCGUCUUUUAAAGGUGAUCUUGCCGGCGCGGCGUUUUCAAAUUCAGGCUUUAAAAAAUUGGACUAAAAAACGUGACACAAUUCGUCAACUGGUUGGAAGUGAUAAAUUUGCAAUUCGUUGGUCAGAAACAGCUGAAGAAAGAGCGGAGAAGAAAGAAAAUUGGCAAACCAGAAAUAUAAGUGAUCGACGUAAAAUCUUGAAUGAAAAAAACUCUUAG